CGAGAAUUUAGGCAGCUAGAAAAUAAACGAAUCGUAUUUACCGAGCAGAAAUAUGUUUUAUGGUUUUCAUAUUAGACAUCAUUCAGUGAGGCAACACCUGGUGACCACACCCAGCCGGACCACCAUUGCGCAUCCAGCCGCCGCUGGCAGCGCAUCCUCCUGAGGGAAGGGGAAGGUGAGAGGCGUUUCUCCUGAUCUAAUCCGCUUAGCGGCAUUAUGCUGAGCUCCGACAAAGCCCCGACAGGCGCUGCGCCCUUGUAGCUGCCCAAAAGCCGGAGUCAGCAUCUCUUGCGUCUGAGGCGCACAGCUGGAGGGGUCGGUCCGCGGCGGAGAGGAGGCCCAGCAGCCGGCGGUAGCUGCAGUCCUUCCCCAGGUUGAAAAGAUGAAACCCCCUCUCCUCCGUCUGUGGAUUCUUCUCGCCACAUAACGGCGCAGGAGCCGCCGCGGGGGGAUAGCAAUGCACCUGACCUAACUUCCUGCAGGGACUCUGGACGCUGAAGCAUGCAGUCGCCCCAGCGGAGGAGGCUGAAGCGCAGCCGCGUCCUCUUCUUAGUGUCGGGCGCACUGCUGUGUUGCAUCUAUACGCUGAGUCUGAAGACCAGGCAGCCUCCAGCUCCCGGCAGGACUGACGCCGGGGGCGGCCACGGCGCCCUGGAGGUCAGACUUCGGGAGGUGAGGGCGUCCAAUGAGUCGCUGGAGAGCACCAUGCCUCCUCUGGUGAUGGUCGUCAACAGGACGGAUCUGGAGCAGUGCGUCUACGUGGAUCCCCGACUUGCCAGAGCGCCUCCAACUCCCCCGCUGCUGACCACCACGGCCCCUCCUCCCCAACACCCAACCCAGCCCCCGCAAAGUCAGGGGGACUACCCGGAAGACAUCUUCUCAGUGGAGCAGAGGCGCCAAGGGUGGGUGGUCCUCCACAUCAUCGGGAUGACCUACAUGUUCGUUGCCCUAGCCAUCGUCUGUGACGAGUUCUUCGUCCCCGCGUUGGAGGUCAUCGCCGCCAAGCUGGAGAUCUCCGACGACGUGGCCGGGGCCACCUUCAUGGCGGCUGGCGGCUCCGCCCCGGAGCUCUUCACCUCCCUCAUCGGGGUCUUCAUCUCCCACAGCAACGUGGGCAUCGGCACCAUCGUGGGGUCUGCCGUCUUCAACAUCCUGUUCGUGAUUGGCAUGUGCGCCAUCUUUUCCCGGGAGAUGUUGCACCUCACCUGGUGGCCGCUCUUCCGGGACGUGACCUUCUACAUCCUGGACCUCAUCAUGCUCAUCGUCUUCUUCCUGGACAACGUGAUCUGGUGGUGGGAGAGCGUGAUGCUGGUGCUGGGCUACAUAAGCUAUGUAAUCUUCAUGAAGUUCAACAGUCAGAUUGAACAGACGUUCAAAAGCCAGCUCAGUAAACACGUGAGCAUCGUCAAGGUAUGGAGCACAGCCGAGCCGGAGAAGGACAGUGAAGCUGCUCCUCUUCCUCCUCCUGCUCCUCUUCCUCCUCCUGCUGCUGAUCCCCAAAAAACGGAAAACAAACCGAAACCUGAAGCUGCGCCGGCCGCAGCGGGAAGCCCUCAGCACAACAACCAGCAGCCAGAAACUCAAGAGGACAAAGAUCGGCUCCGGGUGCGUCCAGUUUUACAGCGAGGCGGCAGCUCGGCGUCGCUCCACAACACGUCCCUGAGGAGCACCAUCUUCCAGCUGAUGAUCCACACACUGGACCCGCUGGGAGAAGAAGCAGCCCUCAGGGGCGCCGCUAGAACCGGUCGGCCAAAGAAAAUCACAGAAGAAACGUCCUUUAAUGGUGAUGUCAAAGGGGAGGGGCUUGUGCAGAAGAAAGCAAAGAACAAAGUAAAACCUCUGGAUGUCUCGGUGACAGAGAAACAGCAGAACAAGUCACAUCACCGCCACGCUGAAGAAGCGGGUCACAAACAGAAGUCGGAGCAAAUUGCUUCUGCUGGAACACCAGGGGGCGCCGCAGCUCAGCCGUCCACCUCGCAGCCUCCAGCAGAGGAGACUCCGCAGAAAACCUCUGAAAAGUCAGAGGAGUCAAAGGCAGCAGAAUCAGCUGGAGAAACUGGAGGAUCGCAGGAAGAUGACGGCGAAGACGAAAGCGGGGACUCUAGUGAGAGCGAGGAAGAAGAGGAAAACAUAGAAGAAGAAGAGGAAGAAGAAGAAGAGAAGGAAGAGGAGAGCACGCCGCUGUCCUUGGGGUGGCCCCACACGCCGCGGAAACAGACCACAUACCUGUUCCUGCUGCCCAUCGUGUUUCCGCUGUGGCUCACGCUGCCGGACGUCCGCAACCCGGCGUCCACAAGAUUCUUUAUCAUCGCGUUUAUCGGCUCCAUCUUCUGGAUCGGCAUCUUCUCCUACCUGAUGGUGUGGUGGGCGCAUCAGGUAGGCGAGACUAUCGGCAUUUCUGAGGAGAUUAUGGGCCUGACCAUCCUGGCUGCAGGAACGUCCAUCCCAGACCUCAUCACCAGCGUGAUUGUAGCUCGGAAAGGUUUGGGAGACAUGGCCGUCUCCAGCUCCGUGGGAAGCAACAUCUUUGACAUCACAGUUGGCCUGCCUGUCCCCUGGCUUAUCUACACCGUCAUCUACGACAAGCCGGUGAUGGUCAGCUCCAACGGCCUGUUCUGCGCCAUCGUGUUGCUCUUCCUCAUGCUCCUCUUUGUCAUCAUCUCCAUCGCCGCCUGCCGCUGGAAGAUGAGCAAAAAACUGGGCGUCACCAUGUUCGUUCUGUACUUUGUGUUCCUCGUCCUCAGUGUCCUGCUGGAGGACCGCGUCCUCAUCUGUCCUAUCUCAAUCUGACGGCACAGACUGCCUGGACCGGACUGGUUCUGAGGGAUUUAUGUUGGGUCAGAGGGUCUGUGCAGAAAUAUAUCAGUAAUCCAGAUUCCCUCAUUAUGUCUCAGUCCCACUCAGCAAGAAUAAAUAUAAUAAUUGUUAUA